UAUUUUAAAACUAAACAGCCAUUAAAAUUAAUUCACAAAAUAAUUUUUAAUGUCGGCUUAGUUUGAAAGUAUUAAUAAUGUAACUGACCUGACCUAAUCAACCAUUUUAUUAAUUACGCAUUCACGAUUCACGUAUUCACGAACACGGCAAAAUAACAAAAAUGGCGCCGCUCGAAUGGUUCCACAGGUCUUGUAUUGCAAAAUUAAAAAAUUCGAUAUCUCCUAAAGUAUUUGGAAUUUCUUAUCUCCGCCGCUUUUAAUGAAAAGAGGAAGUUGAAGAGCAUAUGAUAAAGGUUUUGGACAGGUACAGACCAGAGCCGACCGAAGGCGGGCUAGUGUCGGCGGUGAAGGAUGUACUCCUUGGGCGGCUUCCCGCCGCUGCCCCCGGAGGGAGAGAUCCCUGUCCAGUACGUGCACGGCCGUGUCCACUCGGUGGCCGUGGAACACGCGGACGCCUGCGCCGUCACGGAGCCGCUGCUGAAGGUGGCCAUCACCCGGGAGCUGCUCCACGCGUCCCUGCGUGAGGCUGUGGGGCCCGUCUUCGCCCCCACCUCGGAGACAGUGCUCAAGAGAGUCAUCUCUACCUGGUGGGAGCAGGGGCUGCAGGAGGCCCUGGAGCUGGCCGCCUCACUGGAGGGGGAGGCCCCCGCGCUGGGCUGGCUGGCCCGCGGCCUGCUUAAGGUCGGCAGAGCUGUCUCCCGGGUGCGCGGGGCCCUGCACCCCCACCUGCUGGUGGCGGGCGAGGGCCUGGCGGCGACGGUGUCUGAGACCCGGGACUGGGUCUGUGGGCCGGUGCGCGGCCUGGCGUGGCACCCGCACUGCACCAAGCUGGCCGUGGCGACCGUGGACGACGCCGUCCGCAUCUACUCGUCCGACCUGUCCUUCGUGCCCGUGCUCAAGCUCAGGACGCAGCGCUCCGUGUCCUGCAUGCAGUGGCGGCCGUUCUCUGCGUCGGAGCUUGCUGUGGGCUGCGAGAGGGGGGUGUAUGUGUGGAGCCUCGACCCCACCUCCGUGGCCACCCGCCCGUCCGCAAGCUGCGCCACGUUCCUGCGUCACCCUGACAGCUGUCCCGUCACCGGUCUGGCCUGGAGUCCGCAGGGAGACGUGCUGCUGACGUGCUCCCCGGCCAGCACCACCAUGUUCGCCUGGGACGUGGAGCGACGGCAGUUCUCCGCGGUUCGACGGCGCGUAGGCGGAGGAGGGGUGUGCCUCGUCUCGUGGUCCCCCGACUCCUGCCGCGUCUUCUCCGCCAGCACCAGCGUCGUGUUCAGGGUGUGGGAGACGGCGCUGUGGACGGACGAGGUGUGGAAGGCGGUGUCCGGCCGUGUGCGGUCGGCGUGCUGGAGCCCGUGCGGGUCCGUGCUGCUGUUCGCCACGUCCGACGACCCCAAGAUAUUCUCCCUGACGUACGGCGCGGCCGCGGGAUGCGGGGAGGAGGCCCGGUCGGCCACCUCGGUGCUGCCCGUCAUCGACCUCACCCUGGCCGAGACCGAGCAGGGAGUCAGGGUGGGCGGGAUCGUGUCGUCGAUGCAGUGGGACGCGAGGGGCCACUUCCUCGCAGUCCUGUUCCUGGACUCCCCGCUGAUAGCCGUCUUCAGCACGUGUGUCCUGCCCACGAGGCUGCACGUUUCUCCCUGCUGCUUGAUAAAUGGAAUCAGAGGUGAAAUUCCAAAUGUAAUGAGUUUCCAGAAGAAUUUUGAGGAAGGAUCAUUGCUUACAGUGGCUUGGUCGAGUGGGCGCGUGCAGCAGUUCCCGUUCCUGUACGUGAACUACCCUGCCAACACCUCGGGCCACUACCAGAUGCCCGGCGCGGCCUCGCCGUGUGACUGACACGGCUGCCACAGACGUCCGUGCACACUGUGAAACUGGAAUGUCACAUAACCUGUAAUACCUGUUGCCGACUGCGCCAACUUCAGCAUUUUAAUACAUACAUAUCUCUCUUCUCA